AUGCCCGAGAUCAAGCUCAUGACCUCCUACAUGUUAGGCAUGUGCUCUAUUUCUUUUGCUAUCUUCCUGGUUCUAGAGUCGGACUUUGAGAAGUCAGAUAAUAUCAAAAGUCCUCUGAAACACCACUUUACUUGUGUCAGCCACGGGUUCGUGUCAAACAAUGAGAUCAUCAAGUUGUAUCUUUUUGCAACUAGCUUGAAAAUCCAGUGUUUUUUCCUGGCUGCAAAUAGUCUUCCUUCAGAGGAAUUUCUCUAUAUAUUCACAUCUGGAGGACUUGCACCAAGCUUGACCAUCAUUAAUAGCACAUAUACUGGUAUCUUCCACUUUAACUUAACCUUGUUUAGUGAUCGGGUUUUCUGGCUCAUUGAUAUUCCCAGGGAAAAUAUUACCCAAAAUACAGAUAUUGCUCCUGUAGAAGAAUGGUUAGUAAGGGUCAGCCUACAACAUGGAUUAGAUAUUUUUACUACUGAAGGAACAUUGUUGGACAGAAUUCGAGAACCCAUUCUUCAGAAUUCACUUGGGACUGUAAUGACAGAAGAUGAAAUUUCCCAAGUUCACCCAUUCAUCAGAGGUCUCAAAAUGACAAAAAGCCCUUGUGCAAAUGAUGUGGCACUACUUGGUUACAUUUUGAAUGAUAAGCAUAAUGGUGUGUACUUGGGCCUCACCUUCUCUGGAUUUUGGGAUACUCAAGACAUCACGUGGCAUAAUCUGUCAGAGAAUAUCUAUGCUAUUGUCGGAGAAGAAGGACUUGGACUGACACUGGUGGACUUGGUUUUAACAAAUAGGUUUUUACUGAUCCUUACCUCUUUGGGUCUUUUUGUAAGUAAAGAUCUACGUAAUCCAGCACAGCAAAGUAAAGGGUUUGCAAAGAUAGAAUUUUGCGGUUUUGAAAGGAAUGACUUCCUCAAAGGAAAGUUGUGGUAUACUGAAAGAUGUCUUGCUAACAAAGAGCGCUUUGAAGCUGACUAUGUUAGUAUCACCUUUGACAGAAACAAAACCCUGAGUGAGUCAAGCUCUUGUUUUUAUAGUAAAGACCCAUUUGUUGAAUGGUUACCCUGCUUACCUCGGGAGUUACAACUGAAACCUCCUCUCCCCAAAGUAAUAGCCUUUCUUGUGGACCAAGACCAAAGAUCUGGGGUCUCCCUCGUAUUCAGAAAGGUAAGAACACAGUCCCUUGCCAUGGUAAGAAUCAUCAAAUACAACAAACUAAGUCUAAAGUAUAAAUUUCCGGUCUUCAAUUUUCCUGCAACAUUCUGGAAUCCCACUGGACUGGUCUUUCAUCCACGCAGCCACUUUCUGUAUGCUUAUGGCAAUCAGAUCUGGCUUUCAAUGGAUGGUGGCAAUGCUUUUGAAUUAUUAGCUGACUUGAGAAGUGAUGUCAUCAAGGAAACUUCUCAUAGCUUUUACACUUCAGAUGUUGUCUUUAUUUCCCAAAGUGGAAAAAUUUAUAGGACAAAAGCAGGAUUAAGAAGAUAUGAAAAGCUUGGUUCUGUUGGAGAGAACAUUUUCACAUUAUACUAUGACCAUAUGGGAUUCAUACAUAUGGUGACUCCGACAACUUUCAGAGCCACUGCAUCCCACAUGAAUAAUAUUCUUGGGCAGAGCCCUGACAUGUCCUUCAAGACUGCACUAGCUGUGCAGUACAUCACCUUCAGCGAGGUCAUCUUUUUCGCCUAUGUGCCCCUGAAUGAACCCCCAAAAACCACCCUCAACAAGCAGUUCAACAAACUUCACAAUGGCAAAGCCAUUUACUUCAGAAAAAUGGGACUAGCUUACAUAAAAAAGAUACUUCAGCAUUCUACUCCUGUAGGAUUUUUAUCUUCAGCUAUUGCAGAUCUGAUAAUGCCUUUGGGAAUAGAAGAAGCACAUGAAAGUUCUUGUUUGUAUAGUUCCCUUAUUGUUACUGCAACUAGUUCUAUCCACUACAAGCUUACUCUUAUACAAGAAGAUCCAAAAAUCAACUCCUCGUUUAAAAUGUUUGAUAUAGAGAAGACAGUAGUGAUCCGUGGUUAUAGCAGCUUCCUGAUCACACGCAUUUUAGAUUCUAAGAAUGCUUUAGCUCUGGCUACUAUGCCCAACAGAGUACUUCUGAACAAACGCUUUCGAAAUGACUCCUGGCUCUUAUAUAACUUUGGGCAAAGCAUGAGUAAAAGGAAUUGGCUCAUAUAUCCAAAACCAUGCAACUACUGGUUACAGCUAUUUGAUGAUUCUCAAACACUCAAUGAUCUGAAAUAUAUUGACCUCGGGCAAUCUCAAACUUUAAAAAUUAAGUCCAUACCUACAGUAAGAGGUGAUGACCGUAUUGAAAUUCCACAGCUGAAAGUCAUUGUUGGAAACCCACAUAUGUUACAAUUUGAGAGUAAAAGCUAUUUUGAUGAGGCUGAAAGUUACAUAUUACAAGUGACUGUGACCAGCAAAGCUUUCCGUCAAGGUACUGUUUCCAUGGCAUUUGUCAUGUGGGAUGCCUCCACCAGUUGUUUUGUGACAACAGUUAUACCAAACAUGAAAAGCAGCUGUGGCUACUUAAAAUCCAUGCAUCACGUUCCCUACACACACAUCUCCAAGGAAGACUGGAAUCUGGGUGUUCACAAGGACAGUCAGGAUUUUAAUCUCAUCAAAACUUUGCCGGUAAACUACAGGCCUCCAUCUAACAUGGGAAUUGCUAUUCCACUCACAGACAACUUUUAUCAUGCAGAUCCCAGCAAGCCCAUACCAAGAAAUCUAUUUCCCACAUCAAAAAAAUUGGGUCGAUUCAAGCAAUGUGAAAACGCUACUAAUCGGGAAGACUGUAACUGUACGAAUGAUCAAAAGUUUUCAUAUGCUGUUGAUUUCUCAGACUGCAGAGAAAAGGUUCCUCGGUUUAAGUUUCCUGUCACAAACUAUCCCAUUACUUUGGAAAUUCACAGUGAGGAUGGCCAUCUCCCAGUAACGAGGCCAUACCUGGUGACUGUGUCGGAAGUGAAUCAGAGGGGGAACUGGAAACUAAAACACAGUGUACCAAGUAACAUAAAGAAACUGAAAGAAUAUGCAGAAUAUCUUUUUCAAGUUCCAGUAUAUAAUCCUGUAGGCCUCAACUUAAGCAUACAGGGCUCGGAGCUCUUUCACUUCAGAGUGUCUGUCAUUGAAGGUGUCACUUUUUGUCAGUUAGUUGAAGAAUUUCAGAUCUACGUGGACGAAGUCCCCAUGCCCUUCCCCGGACAUACACUGAUUGCCAUCGCUGCCGCUGUCCUGCUUGGGGGCCUGAUCUUUAUAGCAUUUAUGCUGCAGAUACGCAACAUCCAUCCAUGGGACAUGUGCAAUAAGCUGAUCACAAAAGAUAAAGUCCAGCAUUCACCCUUUAUCCCUGAUAACAAUUUUUAG